CUAAAGAUUCUCAUUCAACCUCGUCAAUAGAUCUGUCAUCUGAGAAGAGUAUUGGCAGUAGGCUCAGCGGACGAUUUCGCGAGGCAUAUCAUGUAUACGCCGUAAACAGACAAUCUUUUACAAAACUACCGAAAACCCACCGAGAAUUACCACAGCCGCCACCACUCACAUAAUGUUGGGUACAGAUGGAAGGUGCAUACGGCAGACAAGAUGUCUGUCUUUAAAGAUGAGGGAAGUUCGGCAUUCUUGAACCCUGUAACAUCUCCAAACCACCACCAUGGUACAUAUGGCAAUGUACGAGGGCCUGGUAGAAGGACCACGAGCGAAUAAACACGAACAAGUGCUCACCACAGGAACAUACCAACACGAGAUCACGGAUGAUGUCACUCAAACCUCGAAACAGCGCUUCACAUCAAAAGCCCACUGCACCCCUAGCCCUCCAUCUCCGCCCCCAGACGGCGGCACCCAAGCCUGGCUCACUUCAAUCCUUGCACUCUUCGUCCUCUUCAACUCCUGGGGCUUCAUCCAAUCCUUCGGCGUCUUUCAAACCUACUACGCUACCACGCUCUCCGCCACCCCAUCAACAAUGUCCUGGAUCGGCAGCAUCCAAGUCUUCCUUGUCUUCAGCCUGGGCAUCUUUGCUGGCCGCGCAACGGACGCUGGGUACUUUCACCAUGUCUUCGGGUUCGGACUGCUUGUGCAAUUGCUCGGCGUCUUUAUGUUGAGUCUGACUAGGGCUUAUUGGCAGAUAUUGCUUACGCAGGGAGUGUGUCUGGGUGUUGGAGGUGGCUGCCAAUUUGUUAGCACGUUGAGUGUGCUGAGUACUUAUUUUGAUAAGAGGAGAGCAUUGGCUAUGGGUAUAGCUGCUACGGGAACGACAGUGGGUAGUAUUGUCAUGCCGGUCAUAGUGCAGCAGCUCCUCCCUGUCAUUGGCUUUGCUUGGACAGUCAGAUGUUUAGGCCUCAUGAUGACGGUGUUGGGUCUGGCGGCUGCAAUAGGACUGCGGACUAGGGUGCCACCGAGAAACUCUGGGCCGCUGAUGGACUGGUCUGCAUUUGCAGAGUUGCCGUUCGGGUUAUUCUGUGUGGGGGUGUUCUUUGCUUUUUGGGGGGCGUACUUUCCUUUUUAUUAUAUUGGCUUGUAUGCCCGUGACAUCCUCCACACAGACUAUAGAACGUCAAUCUCGCUCCUGCUCGUCAUGAACGGCGUCGGCGUACCUGGCCGUCUCUUGCCUAACAUCAUUGCCGAUCGGUGUCUUGGCUCCGUCAAUAUCAUGGCGUUGUCAUCGUUCAACGGCGCCAUCAUAGUCUUCUCCUGGGCAGCAGUACGCUCAGAAAUGGGUCUCUGGAUCUUUGCAGCGUUUUUCGGAUUCUUCAGUGCUGGCAUACAAAGUCUGUUCCCCGCAAGUUUGGCCACUCUCACACCAGAUCCGCAGAAAAGAGGGACAAGAAUGGGGAUCGGGUUUGCAGUUGCUGGGUUUGCAUGUCUGACAGGAACGCCCCUUGGAGGGGCUUUGGUGCAGGCUAACGAUGGACAUUACCUGUAUGUGCAGAUAUGGACUGGACUGAGCAUGCUUGCUGGCACACUGUUCUUGGUCGCAAGCAAAAUGGCUGUCAACAGGAUCACGUCGAAUGAAAAUCGGGCUGAGAAGAGUGGUAACUAAGUG